GGUCCUCCCGGGCCGCCGGCGCAUGCGCGGGGCUGCUCGGGCCCGGAUUGCUAUGGCAGCGGCGUCGCCGUGGGUCAGGCCCCCGCGCUCGCGCCGGGGCCCGGCUGUCGCAGCAGUGGUUGGCGCCUCAGCCUCUCGGGCAUGAGCGGGGCCUCCCGCCGCUGCCGCCGCAUCCCGACUGCCGGCCCCUCGCCGGGAACAUGCCCCUGGCCGCCUACUGCUACCUGCGGGUCGUGGGCAGGGGCAGCUACGGGGAGGUGACGCUCGUGAGGCACCGGCGGGACGGCAGGCAGUAUGUCAUCAAAAAGCUGAACCUCCGAAACGCCUCCAGCCGAGAGCGGCGGGCCGCUGAACAGGAAGCUCAGCUGUUGUCUCAGCUGAAGCACCCUAAUAUUGUCACCUACAAGGAGUCCUGGGAGGGAGGGGACGGUCUGCUGUACAUCGUCAUGGGCUUCUGCGAAGGAGGUGAUCUGUACCGAAAGCUCAAAGAGCAACAGGGGCGGCUUCUGCCUGAGAGUCGGGUGGUGGAGUGGUUUGUUCAGAUCGCCAUGGCUCUGCAGUAUUUACAUGAAAAGCACAUCCUUCACCGAGAUCUGAAAACUCAAAAUGUUUUCCUAACAAGAACAAAUAUCAUCAAAGUGGGUGACCUGGGGAUUGCCCGAGUGCUGGAGAGCCACUGCGACAUGGCCAGCACCCUCAUCGGCACCCCCUACUACAUGAGCCCCGAACUGUUCUCGAACAAGCCCUACAACUAUAAGUCUGAUGUCUGGGCUCUGGGAUGCUGUGUUUACGAAAUGGCCACCCUGAAGCAUGCUUUCAAUGCAAAAGACAUGAAUUCUUUAGUUUAUCGGAUAAUUGAAGGAAAGCUCCCACCAAUGCCGAAAGAUUAUAGCCCGGAGCUGGCAGAACUGAUGAGAACCAUGCUGAGCAAGAGGCCCGAAGAGCGGCCGUCUGUGAGGAGCAUCCUGCGGCAGCCGUACAUUAAGAGCCAAAUCGCCUUGUUUCUGGAGGCCACGAAAGCAAAAACCUCCAAAAAUAAUAUUAAAAAUGGUGACUCUAAAUCCAAAUGUGUCGCUACAGUGGUUUCUGGAAAGGCUGAAUCAAAUCAUAAAAUAGUCUCUCCGCAGCCACACUCUUCUCAGGGCUCCAAGACGUAUGUGACGGAUGAAGACAAAUGUUUGUCCCAGGAGGAACCCGUAGUCCUUGGCCCCUUGAAGACACCUACAAGUCUGGAAGGCCACACCCAUGGACCAGACACAAGCAAUCCCGCAGAAUCACUGGCCACAGUUAGUAGAGUGAAUAUCGACAUCUUACCUGCAGAAGGGAGGGACUCCAUCCAUGGUGGCCGAGUUCGGGAGAGUCAGCCAAGACACUUAGUUGCCUCUACUGAGCUAGAAGGUACAUGCACUAUUUCUCAAGAGAAGGAGAACCUGCAGGAUAAGUCUAAGUCCAGCACUCAGCCUGGAAACCUAAUUCCCACGUGGUCCUCUGAUGAUAUCACCAGAGAAAGGACUGACGCAGUGAAACCUCUGCAGCCCCUAAACAAAGACCAGAAGCCGAAGGACCGGGAUGAAGUUGCUGGUGAAUGUGUUACAGACAGACAGGACGGAAUCCACCCAGGUUUCCAGCCACACAGCUCUGGGUCUGAACCCUCCCUGUCCCGGCAGCGGCGACACAAGAAAAGAGAACAGACUGAGUGCAGCGGGGAGCAGAGACAGUUCCAAGAGGCCUCUCCUUGCCUUUUGCCUUCUCUUCCCACUGUUGGAAGAAUGGAUGUCACAUCAACACAAAAGGAUGCUGGAAACCAAAGCAGAGUAGCCACUGGGUCCGUGAGCAGUUCAAGGAGCAGUGAGAUGUCAUCAUCAAAGGAUCGACCAUUAUCGGCAAGAGAGAGGAGGCGACUAAAGCAGUCGCAGGAAGAGACGCGCCCCUCAGGCCCUUCAGCGAGGAGAGCUUCUCUGAGUGCAGGAGCGCCAGGAAAACCCCAAGAGGAAGGCCAGCCCGCCCCUGCCCGAAGGUUGUCUUCGGACUGCUGUGCUGCUCAGGAAAGGAAACUCACCCACUGUCUCUCUGAAGAUGAGUUAACUUCUUCUACAAGUUCAACUGAUAAAUCAGAUGGGGAUUCCAGGGAAGGGAAAGGUCAUUCAAAUGAAAUGAGUGACUUGGUGCAAUUGAUGACUCAGACCCUAAAACUGGACUCUAAAGAGAGCUGUGACGAUCUCCCAGUACCAGGUUCGGUGUCAGAAUUUAAACUUCAUCGGAAGUACCGGGACACGCUGAUACUUCAUGGGAAGGUUGCAGAGGAGGCAGGGGAACUCCAUUUUAGAGAGCUACCUUCAGCUAUCGUGCCAGGUUCUGAGAAGAUCAGAAGAAUAGUUGAAGUCUUGAGAGCGGAUGUAAUCCAAGGCCUGGGGAUCCAACUUUUAGAGCAGGUGUAUGAUCUUUUGGAAGAGGAGGAUGAGUUGGAGAGAGAGGUACGUUUGCGUGAGCAUAUGGGUGAAAAGUAUACGACUUACAGUGUGAAAGCUCGCCAGUUGAAAUUUUUUGAAGAAAAUGUGAAUUUUUGAGAAUUUAUUCUGCCAGAACUAAAGAACUACUUUCAAAGAUUUUUGGCUUAAACAGAAACAAACCCAUAAUGGGUGGAGGCCAUUUACCAUCCUUGUGUCUCUUUGGAGUGUUUUUUAUUGGGAAAAAAAUGGGACAAAACAGAAUAGUAUGAAGCAAGCUCACAAAAGAAAAAAACCUUUGGCUAUCUUUUUCUGUUUAUGAGGAAGACUUGUUGUAAGACAUUUGGUUGCUGUUUACGAUCCUUAAACCACAUUCUUAUCUAGAACUUUAUAUUUCUAAUGUACUAAUUAGCUUGAAUAUAGGGCCAUAAAAUACUGGAAGUUUUAUAUUGUACUAUAGUGAUAAAAGCAAUAGGAGAAAUAAAGACAUACUAUGUCCAGUAACACUACUUUUUUCUGUUGAGAACCUUCGGUAGUAGUUGAUAAAUUAUUUUUUUAAAAAGUCAAUUCACGAUUCUGGGAAUAGAUUUAAAGAAUAUGAAGUUGUUAUCUAGUACUUGAGCAGUUGAAUCCCUUUUUUAUAUACUGUGAUGUUUAUUUUAUUUUGAUUAAUAUGAACCUCAUUUAGUAGAUGUAAAAAUUGAAACUAAGAAAUAUUUUUGCUUCGUAAAUCAUGUUUUUAUCCACUGGUUUUCUUAGAUUUAUUUUUUCAUCAGUGAAAACGUUCUUCAACACUAAUUCCUUUUCCAAUUCAGUGAUUGUAAGUGAAGUCCAGCUCCUUUUAGUUAUGUUGAACAUUUCAGUUUGUGUCCUGAAGUAUGUCCUCUUGCACAUGAAAUUUUGGUUGUCUUCCUAUGUUUUAAAUGCAUGAUUAUGUUAUUACAUAUUUUAUUAGUUGUUUAAUAAGGGGUAAUUCCCAUUUUGGAAAUAGUUUUAUAAAAUAAAAGCCUUAAGUAAAUUUCA